AUGGUUUUUGUGCAGCAGGCACUUCGCCAGCGGCGUGUAGCUGACGCUGUCGGUCUGUAUCGGGCAGCUCGUGGUUUAUGGCCAUCGGCUGGUAUUUUUGGUAAGGAUGACAUAGCCGCCGAAGAUGAAUUUUUGGAAAUUCGUGCCAUAUAUUUCACUGAUCUUGAAAAAAAUUUACAUUUAUGCUUUUUAAAACAGAUUGAAAAAAUCUGGAAAAAGUACCGAGAACAAGAAUAUGGACCCGAAUUGGAAGAAGAUUAUGAUGCGGAACAGGAUAAGUUAGGAGAGGAAGGUAGCUUGUCUGACCCGGAUGACGUUCAGUCUCGCGCUGUUGAAAUCGACUUUCAUUUUAACGAAUAUGUCGCAAAAUUUGCACGAGUUGAUGUCUUGAAAUGGUUAUCCUUUCAAUAA